GUGAACCAGGAAAUGACUAUCGUCGACCCCGGAAGUGUCGGCAGCAACAUCACAACCCUUUCAAAAUCAGUAAAUUCAAACAGACGCACAAACAUGUCGAGUGGAGAAAACAGCAGACAGUUGGUAGUGUUAGAUGUAGACGGGGGUGUAGAUGACGCCCAGGCCAUGAUGCUGGCUCUAACACACCCCCAUGUACAGGUGCUGGGAAUCACAUGUGUUGCAGGUAACGUCAAAGUCAACCAGGUGUGCCAGAACGUCCUGAGGGUGCUUAAGGUGUUUGGCAGACCGGAGGUGCCAGUCUUUGCAGGAGCAUCCGUGUCUCUUCUUGGGACUCAUGUGGAUGCUUGUCACUACUUAGGUCAGGAUGGAAUGGGGGAUGUACCAGAUCCUGACCCUCCCUCAGCUGACUUGGUACAGUCUGAACAUGCUGUCAGUGCAUUAUUGAGGUUAUCCAAAGAGUAUCCAGAUGAGAUCAACUUGGUUGCAACAGGCCCACUCACCAACCUGGCUUUGGCUGUUAGGACGGACCCAGGCUUUCCUGCACGGCUAAGGAAGCUGACACUCAUGGGGGGAAACAUUCAUGGCCUUGGCAAUGUAACCCCUUCAGCAGAGUAUAACUUCUGGUGUGACCCAGAAGCAGCCCAUGUUGUUCUGGAGGGAUAUCGCAGCUUGUUUCCUAUCACAGUAGUCCCUUGGGAAACCUGUGUCCAGGACCAUGACAUAUCAUGGGACACCUGGAUGGAUAUUUGUGCCAUACCAACAAAACGUGGACAAUUCCAUGCUGCAAUACAGCAACAGAUGAUUGCAAAACAGAAGCAGCACAGAUUGUUUUCUGCACAUUUCCACACCUACGACCUCUAUGCAGUUGCAGUAGCAUUGUUCCCUGAGGUUUUAUACAAGACAUUAGAGGUCUAUGCCAGGGUUGAGUUAAAGGGGGAAAUUACCAGGGGUCAGAUGGUUUGUGAUUACAAUGACAAAUGGGGAAAACAUCCAAACGUACGAGUUGUCAAGAAACUUGACCUACCAUCAGUGUUAAAUAUGCUACGUAGAGCUCUAGAAUAGUGCAACUGUGUCCUAUGGUCACUUGCAUAAUUGACGAAGGGAAUGUUUUGUACCAUUUCUAUAAGAACAUGGUGAAGAAAUGAGACAGCUAUAGAACACAUGAAUAAAAACGAAGAUGCAUAAAAUGAUUUUGUAAGUUGAAAUUUGAAUGAAGGUUCAAAUCAUGGACAUGUUUUGAUGUGCUUUUUUUUAUAAAAUUGCAACAUGAAGAUGACAGAGAAAAGACAUGUUAGGUUUUCAUCAAUCACUGCAUGUCUUAAUUGUAUAUGUUAUGACUUUCAAUUUUUAAGGUUUUCAAAACACAGCAUUACAUCAUAGCCUAUAUACCGACGAAAUGGUGUAAAAUGAGAAGUAACAUACUAAUGAAUGGAUGAAGACAUAUUAUUAUAUUAAUUAUUUAUGAUAAUAAUCAUUAUCGGUACAUAUGCAUAGGCACACUGGUCACAACAAACCUUAACAGAUAACGUUAACAUAACGUGAGUUCCUUUUACAUUCCUUG